AUGUCUUCAAUAUCCUGUUCACUAAUAAUUUGCUUUCUGCUGUUGGAGCCUGGCUCCUGUCGGCACGAAGAGAUUUGCUAUAAUUGUGGUGAUGAUGGUAAGAGUAGGGUUGCAAACCAUCUUUCAGUUGAGUUGCGAAACGUCUUUCAGACCCCAGAACAAUAGACGAAGCUGUUCGAGAAGCCAAAGCAGAGGUUCUCCCUUUCCGCUCCCACUUCUCCGAAGAUAAUGCAGUUGUGCUCAACUACUCCGUGGCGGCGUUGGCAGCCAUCAAAGUCAGUCAGAAGACGGGAUACCUCGACGGAAAGCUGCCACGCCGAAUGUGUCCAUUGAAGAAGUACAUGUGUUCCUUCGGAAAGUACCGACAUACAGAUGGGCGGUGCACUAACCUCUUCUCUCCGUUAUCCGGAAGCGCGUAUUCGCCUUUUUCAAGGAGAAUAAAAGCCAACUAUGAUGAUGGUAUGUUUGGGCGUUAGAGUGUUCAAUACAAAUAUUCAGAAUGUGCUUGUUUCAGAUCUGUCCGCUCCGAGAUCUCAUGGCUACCGAAACCGACCUCUCCCCCACCCCGAAGUCGUUGAGAAGCAAAUUGCCAGAAUUCCAGCUGUGUUUCCGAUUCCACUGACGUCUACAUUCCUAGAAUUCUCUGAAUUCCUGUACACCGACCUGGCAAAGUUUAUCAAGCUUCAGGAGAGUCUUGGCUGUUGUGGCAGUUCCAAUAGAGAGUGCUUGAAUGUGGGAACACAGUAAGUUUGCCAAAUGUUUUCGGCCUUUCAAAAAACUUAUUUUAGUAUGCUGGACUGUUAUAUCCGAUCGGCUCCAUCGCCGCUUCCUCAUUGCUCCUAUGGAAAACGAGAGCAAAUGAACUUGGCCACAUCUUUUAUAGACGCUGGACCCAUUUAUCAGAACCUCAAGGACAUUUCCAAAGGAGCCAGGCUUUCAACAUUUUCUCUGGAAAAAUCAUCAAUUCAUAAUUUGCUCGUAGAAGAGCACAACUGGGUCGUUGACCAACUUCAGAAGACGUUCCCAUCAAUGCCAUCUGAAAUCUUGUUCGAAGAAGCGAGGAAGUUCGUGAUCGCAGAGCUCCAACACAUAACUUUCGAACACUUUUUACCUAUUCUCAUUGGCGAGGAGACUAUGGAUAAGUACGACUUGCGAGCCGCCCAUUGUGACGGAGGGUCUUGCCACGAAAUUGAAGCAAACACGCUGAACGAGUACGGUAGUGCGGCUGGGCUUUUCCAUAAGUUUAUGACUACAUCGGAUAAGGGUUCUUCCACUUCUUCUUCUUCUUCUUCUUCUUCUUCGCCUACUACGAUCUUUAAUCCAUCCCUCUACACUUCUGAAUUCUCUACAACUACCUCGAAACCAGAAUUAUCAGACAUUUUGUUGAAAGGAAGAGAUCAUGGACUAGGAACUUAUGCGCAGUGGAGGAAAGAGUGCGGUGGCGGAGAGAUAAAGUCAUAUAAGCAAUUGAUUGGAUUGGUUGAUGAUCAGAUUCUGAAGAGCGUCAGGGAUUUAUUCCCAGAGGUAUGGUAGCUGUUGUCAAUGCAAAAGAUUACGGUGCAUUGUUUCAGAUCAAGGAUGUCGACCUAAUUAUUCUGGGAAUAACUGAAAGUCCAGUUUAUGGAAGUUUAGUGGGCCCAACCUUCGGCUGUAUUCUAGCGCUUCAGUUCCAGAAGGUCAGUUCUCUUCACAAUCCAACUAAAACUGUAACAACUUUCAGGCAAAGUUCGGAGACUCCUACUGGUACACGAAAAAGCUCCUGAAAGAACAGAUCGAAGAAGUUGAGAAGUCGUCGAUUAGCGCCCUUAUGUGCAGACAUCAGAAGGCCACUCAGAUUCAGAAGGACGGAUUCAGAUCUCCGGAUGAUUUUACGUAGGCUUCCAUGGUUUUCUGAAACAUUACGAUAGUUUAGAAAUAUUCCAAUCGCCUGCAAUUCAUCGGCGUUCCCCCAGAUCAAUUUUUCUAAAUGGAUCCCAAAAGAUGACGUUAUUCAAAAACCAAAAGACUCAAAGUUCGACGAUGUUCUCGGAGAAUGUAUUCAAGAAGUGUCUGAAGCCAGAAGUCGUCAAAAGGGACCGAGUUUUCAAGAGGGAAACUUGCAUUCUGUCGCUCUAAAGUCGUACGGAAGUAUGAUGUUGGCCAAAGAUGAAGCCGUCAACGAAGCCAACGUCUCUUUUAUUCUUCUGGAGGCCACCAGGAAGUUGGUGAAGUUGAAGAACGUGGAUUUGGAGAGCAUUCAAGGCGUCUACAUCGGCGAGGACUUUGGCAAGAAAAGUGAUGAAAACUGUAAUCCCAAGGACUUUCCCUGUGAUCCUACGAACCCAUACAGGACUUACACGGGUUGGUGUAAUAACCUCGAGAAUCCCUCGUCGGCCAACACCUUCCGAGAGCUCGUUCGGCUGCUUCCACCAGCUUAUGAAGAUGGUAUAAAUACCCCGAGAGCCAAGACAACUUCCAGAAAUCGACUCCCAUCCCCCAGAGCCAUUUCGAACGCUGUCCAUCACGCGAAGAAGAUCGAGCACAUAAAAUACUCGCACUUUCUCAUGGAGUUUGGUCAGUUCAUCGAUCACGAUAUUACGCACUCGCCCGUGGAUCAGAAUCCCGACGGAACCCCUCUGAAUUGCUCCAGAUGUGACUCCCACCUCCAUGUUUCUCCGUCCUGCUUCCCCAUUCCCGUUCCUGCCAAUGAUCAGCACUUCGAGCCGUUCUCUUGCCUCUCUUUCGUCAGAAGUCUCCCGGCACAGAAGACAUUGGGAUAUCGGAAUCAGAUGAAUCAGGUCAGUGCCUAUCUAGACGGCUCAGCCAUGUACGGUUCCACUAAAUGCGAAGGAGAUCGGCUGAGAACUUUUGAGGACGGAAAGAUGAAGACGACACAGAUCUCGAGAAGGAAACGGCAUUACGGAAUCACACUGAGCCAAUCGGACGAAUCGGAGCAGGACGGCUGUGUCUCUUCUCCCGAACAUCCAUGCUUCAUCGCCGGAGACGACCGAAACUCGCAGCAGACCCUUUUGAUAGCCGUGCAUUCAGUUUUUCAUCGAGAGCACGAAAGGAUUGCCACAAUACUCAAAGAGAUCAAUGGACAUUGGAACGAUGAAAGGAUCUAUCAGGAGGCGAGGAAAUUGAUCUCCGCUGAAUUCGCACACGUUGUGUACAACGAGUACUUGCCGAUAGUGGUCGGACAAAAAAUGAUGGAUCAAUAUGAGCUUCGUCCUUUGGCAGAAGGCUAUUUCACGGGCUACCAAACAUGCGACGCCUCGAUCCUCCAGCCCUUUGCCACUGCUGCAUUCCGUUUCGGUCAUUCUACAGUAACUCGAUUCACUCCAAUGCAAGAAACCGUAUUCUCUCCGGCCACACGGGUCGUCGAUCUGGCUUCUGAUUUUAUUAACAUGUCAAAGAUUUACAACAAUGACGCCGUCGAGCAGAUUCUGGGUGGAAUGCACGGAAAACAUCAGAUGAUGACCGAUCGAUUUGUGGACGAUGCGGUCAGAAACUUCUUGUUUUCGGAUCGAGGAAAACGGGGAACUGGACUGGAUUUGAUUGCGAUUAACAUUCAGAGAGGGAGGGAUCACGGCAUUCCACCCUAUAAUCACUACAGGUAACUUUCUAUUAACUUUUCUGUAAAACCGCUGCAAAGUUAGAUUCCAGAACGUUUUGCGGCCUGGAUCGUCUAACCUCCUUCUACUCCAUUUUCUCGGACAUUGAUCAGGACGGCCUCGCGGCAAUCGCUCAAGUCUACGAGUCUCCAGACGACAUUGACCUCUUCACAGGCGUCGUUUCCGAGAAAACUAUUCCUGGAGCUCUCGUCGGUCCGACAGCCGCCUGUAUAAUAUCGGAGCAGUUCAGAAGACUCAAAAAGUGUGAUCGUUUCUAUUAUGAAAACGGAAAAGAGCACUCGAAAUUCGCGGAAGAGCAGUUAAAGGAGAUUCGGAAGAUUUCGAUGAGCUCGUUGAUUUGUGCAAAUACAAAAGUACCUAAGAUUGCUAAGGAUGUAUUUUCAGUGCCUGAGCCAUUUUUGUGAGUUAAUCAUAUUGAAAUGGCGUUCUACCGUAAUCCUCAACAAUUCCAGGAAUCCUCUGAUCGACUGCACUUUGUCGCCUCGCAUUGAUUUAUCAAAGUGGCGAGAAGCGAAGGAUUGUAUUUAUAAAAACAAAUACAUCCCGUUGCACACAACAAUGUCCAUCAGUCCGUGCUCUAAAUGCACUUGUACCAGCGAUGGGGUGAGAACUUUGAUUUUCUUGGAUUUGUUCUCGAAAAUUCCUUGUUUCCAGGUUAAAUGUGCAUUUUUAUCCCCUGAUUGCUUGGCUCACACCAAGGAAUUAUUAGCCGAGGUGAGAGUGAUAUCAGUUUGGAAAUGAUGUUUUCUGACUCUGUGAUAUUACUUUUAUUUUUCUGAUUUCAGGAUCCAAUCUGCUUCAUGCAAUGCGCACACCACUUGCGAGAUAACUAUUAG